AUGUCCAUGAACUCGCGCUCGACCCCUUCUGGACAACCAUCUCAACCUCUCUCGCCAGUUCGCCCCAACGCAGGACACGACGACGACAACAAUUCUGUCUCUUCCCAGCGAAUCCGCAAGCGGGACAAGAUCUUUAACCUCUUCCGGUCGUCCAGUCAAGAGCACAAGGCCAAGAAUACCGGUUCUACAAGUCCCAAGUCCUCCAUCAAAGGAGCCUCAGCUGCCAGUACUGAGCUGUCUGUUCAUCACUUUUCCACUGUCAGCACCCCUGAGAGUGUUGACAUUGAACAAGCGGUCUCCACCACCGCCGUCAAGAGUACUCCCUCCAUUGUUCACCCCUCUACUUUGCUGACCAAACCUCGCCUGGACGUCUUCUCACAGAACGUCAAUGCGCCUGCUGUGCGCAUCCCUUUGCCCGCAUUUGGCGCUCGCAUCGAUACCACCCCUCAGCUUGCCCUGUGCAUAGGCUUGCUUUCUAAAGUUCACGACGCCGUCGGCCAGCGAAAGGAUCCUUCUCAAGACUUGCCAUCCGACACUGCUGCUCGCCUGGCCUGGGUCAAGGCUAUGAAGCAGGAUCCUACUGAGCGAGAACGCCUCUUUUGGUUAGGAACUCGUAUGGUUGACGAGUUUGCCAAGGAUGCCUUCAAGGAUUCGACCGAGAUUGCCGAGAUGGUCCUCAUUGGACCUGUUAUGAACAUGGAACAUUACCGUGGGUUACUCUCCAGCAUCAUCGCAGCGUUUGACCAUUCUGUGAUUCUGAGUGUCGAUCUCCUCCAAGGUCUCGUGCAGUUGGUGCAGUCUGCACCCCCUGAAUCCCUCCUCUCUGAUGACCUGGUCAAGAUUCUUCGUCUACUCCGGCUUCGUCUGCAGGACACUCACCAACAGUCGACAGUCCACCCUUUCCAUCUCACGUUGGCACUCUCGAGGGUACUUGAUGUUAUGGCGGACCACAAGGUCAAGGACCUGAGCCGUGUGGAGGAGCGCGAGCCCUUGUCCGGAGUCUUGUCGAGUUUGACAGGUAGCUCGGACCCCUACCUGAUGUACCAGGCUUGCUAUGCGUUUCAGGCACUGCAGUAUGUGCCUGAUGAUGAGACUGUGCUCCAGGCGGUUCUCCGACAGUCUAUUGGGGUUGCAGGUGGGUUGGUCAAGAUUUCGGCAGUGAUGAAGCUGGAUGUGGGCGCAGUUCUUGAAGGACUUGACAAGCUACAGGAGGCGAUUGGCAGCACGGUCGAAAUUGCAGGUACUUUGUACGAAGGGUUUUGCUCACUGAAGGAGAGUGGCCGAGGUGUGUUUGACAGUCUGAAGGAGGGAUAUGGAUCUGGCAAGAAACGUCCUUGGUAUGCCGCUGUCCGUGCUGCUCAUGCUCUUGCUCACUCUGGUCAGUUACAUGAUCUCAACCGCCUGAUCUGUAUGGCACCUUGUCGCCGUGAUCCUCUGUUCCAAUGGGGAAUCUGCCAGUUGCUAGGCGAGAUUGCGUCUGAUGAUAUCUGGGAUUCCCCUGUUCGCCAGCAAGCCGUUGAGCUGCUUGGUGAUCUGUUCCAGAACGAUCCAUUGUGGGGUGAGGAUGAGAGCGUCAGGACCUGGAUGUUGAACAUCAGUGGCCAACUCGGUGCUGUUGAUGACGCAGCUGUCAGCAGCAGCGCUAUUGCCUUGGUGAAGGAACUUCAGCAAGUUCAGCCUGCCACCACCAAGCUUCCUUACCCGCUGAGGAACCGACUUCCUUUGCCCACGUCCUCACCAACACUCGUCAAAGUUCAGAAGAUCCCACCACUCGAGUACGAUUUGCACCGGCUCCGCAUGUUGAGGUUGAAGCAGAGCCACCAAGACGUCUACAUCCCGCCUAUGGCCAAGCCUAGUCUAAAGGCCAAAGAUGAGGAUAUAUUCUUGCUGAUGGAGAAGAUGCAAGAGUUCUUGGCUGGUGAGCGACAAGUGAUGCUGGUGCUCGGUGACUCUGGUGCCGGAAAGUCGACUUUCAACUGCCAUCUCGAGCAUCGUCUCUGGACCGAUUACAAACCAGGUGACCCUAUACCUCUCUUCAUCAAUCUUCCCUCCAUUGACCACCCCGACCAAGAGCUGGUCGUCAAACAGCUGAGGAUUCACAGCUUUUCGGACGAUCAAAUCAUGGAGAUCAAGCUGCACCGUCAACUCAUCCUCAUCUGUGACGGAUACGACGAGAGCCAGCAGUUGGUCAACCUUCACCGGACCAAUUCUCUGAACCAGCCUGGUCAGUGGAAUACCAAGAUGGUCAUCAGCUGCCGCACCCAGUUCCUUGGGCCUGAGUACCACAGCCGUUUUAUGCCGCAAAGUGAAGGUGGUCACUACGACCGCCCUGCUCCUCACCUUUUCCAAGAGGCUGUCAUCGCUCCGUUCUCCAAGGCUCAAAUCGAGAACUAUGUCGAGCAGUAUGUCCCCUUGGAGCCAAGGACGUGGGACACAAAGGACUACAUGGACAGGCUCACCACGAUUCCCAACCUACUUGAUCUGGUCAGGAAUCCCUUCCUCUUGUCGUUGUCGCUGGAGGCACUGCCAGGCGUGACUGAGGGCAAGCAGGAUCUGUCGACGAUCGAGAUCACGCGAGCCCACCUCUAUGACACCUUCGUCAACCAUUGGCUUGAUGUGAACAAGCGACGGCUGGAGAGGAACAAUGCCUUGUCGAUGGAAGACCGCGACAUGCUAAACCAACUGGUCAGUGCGGGUUUUAAUUCUCUGGGUCUCGACUACGCUACCAAACUGGCACGAGCUAUCUUUGACCGGCAGGAAGGAAAGCCAGUGGUCAAGUAUGUCCAUUUGAGCGACAAAAACACAUGGAAAGCUGAGUUCUUUGGUCCACAGCCAGAGAUCCGACUGUUGCGGGAGUCGUCGCCAUUGACCCGUGCAGGCAACCAGUUCCGAUUUGUGCAUCGCUCAAUGCUCGAAUACUUUCUCUCUCGAGCCAUCUACGACCCGAUCAAGGCUGACAACGAGGAUGAUGAAGAAGAUGACGCCGAAUCCGACGAAUGUUGUAGUCGUUCGUUAUUUGAUGUCAAGGGCCCUUUGUUCCGACGAAACCUGCUCCCUGAGUCGUCUAUCAUCCAGUUCCUGUGCGAUCGCGUGAAGUCGAACCCUGAUUUUGAACAUCAACUCCGUGCCGUUAUCGACCUGUCCAAGACCGACGAAAGUGCAGCCAUCGCCGCAACCAACGCAAUCACAAUCCUGGUCCGAGCCGGCGUGUUAUUCAACGGUGCCGACCUUCGCGGGGUCAAUAUUCCUGGAGCCGACCUAACCGAGGGCCAAUUCGACUCUGCGCAGUUCCAAGGAGCCAACCUGACGGGAGCCGAUUUAUCGAGGAGCUGGUUGCGGCAGGCGGAUCUGAGCGGGGCGCAGCUGAAGGACGUUCGGUUUGGGGAGUUGGCCUAUCUUGAGAUGGAGAGCGAAGUGAUGUUCUGCACCUACUCGCCUGACGGGACGAUGCUUGCUGCGGGGCUUGGGGAGGAUGGUGUCGAUGUUUAUAGCACCACCUCAUGGACAAGAGUUCUGCAGAUUCGAGACAUUGGGUUAGUUUUCAGCGUUGUAUUCUCACCUGACAGCCAACAAAUUGCGUUCGGUGGCAAAGAUCAGACUGUACGAGUGUGGGAUGUCACGAGCGACGAGGAAUUGCUGGCUAUGAAGGGGCACACCGAAGUCAUAUAUUCGGUGGACUAUUCACCUUGUGGCAAGCUGAUCGCAUCGGCCGGUUACGAGAAAACAGUGCGACUGUGGAGCUCGCAGACUGGAGAGUGUCUCCUUGUCCUGGAGGAUCAUACGAGAGGUGUCAUGGGUGUCAAGUUUUCCUCAGAUGGUCGACAGCUCGUAUCGGUGGAUGGGGAAGCGAUUAUUCGGUUCUGGGAUGCGGAGACAGGAGAGCUGGUGCGUGAGUUUGACGCCCCGUUUGAAAUCAAUAUGUGUCGUGCCUAUUCUCCUGAUGGCAAGUGGAUUGCCUUCACCCAAGGCCGCUCUUUGCAGCUUUGGGAUGCGGUCUCCUAUGAGCCAGGGCCAGCCCUACAGGGCCACACUAGUGACGUCAAAGGAGUCGCAUUCUCUCCAAACGGCCAAUGGAUCGCCUCUGCCAGCGAAGACAAGACCGUGAGACUUUGGGAUGCAUCGACUGGGACCCCUACUCUCGUUUUGUUUGGUCACAACGAAACCGUGCGAAGCGUUGCCUUCUCUCCAAAUGGUCUUCGAAUUGCAUCGGGAGGUUUCGAUAAGAAAGUUCGCCUGUGGGAUCUGAGCUCUAGCUGGUCUAGCGUUGAGCCGGAGGGACAUCGAGUCGAUCGGUUAUUCAAGGCGGCUUACUCUUUUGACGGGCUUUCGAUUCUGGGCGCCAGUGACCGCAGCGUGCAACAAUGGGAUUCAGCGACAGGACGAUCUCUGCCGAACGCGUUUCAGUUUCCGGAACUAGUUUCGGUGAGAGAUGUGGAUUUUUACCCGGAACUACUUUCGGUGAGGAAUGUGGAUUUUUCACCUGAUGGCAAUCAGAUAGCGGCCGUCGUUGAAAACAGUUAUGUCCAAGUAUGGGACCUCCUAACCUGUGCAGCAGGAUCUGUCUUCAAAGUUGAACAGUUCGCUCUCACCAUUGUCGCCUAUUCGCCUUGUGGUCGAUGGGUUGCUGCUUGGGGCUGGAAGGCCAGUAUUUGGCUGUGGGAUCUUCAUGACACCACCGUCAAGGAGCAUCAUGUUAUCAUUGACAUCGAGAAUAACGGAGGCUUUGGCCGUAGCACCGUGACCUUCUCGUCCGCCGGACACCAGCUUGCGAUUGGUUUUUCCGAUGGCUCCGUUCGUGUUUUCGAUCCUCAGUCAGGAAACCUUUUGUCGUCCUUGCAGCUGGAGCAAGAAGCCGUCGGGGCGCUGGCAUAUUCUCCUAUCGGCCAGCAACUAGCCGUCGGCGGCGGCAAUGGCUCGAUAUAUCUCUGGGACGGUCAAUCGCAGGAGCCUAGUAUCCAGUUGGAUGGACACAAUGCAAGAAUCUUCUCCGUCGCCUAUUCACCUUGCGGUCAGUGGAUCGCUUCCGGCGGCGGAGACAGGACGGUCCGAUUGUGGGGUCGAUGGCAAGAAGGCGAGUUGGAGUAUUGGCAGAGUAAAUGCGUGGUCCGUGGAUUUUUCGUCGAUAUUCUCAAUAUUUCUUGGAAUCCAGUUACCCCCAUGGAGUUUGUCACGCAUGGCCAUGGUGAAUCUGUCCGAGUGUGGCGAGUAUCGAUCGACGGCGAAAGCGUGGUUGUGAGGAUGCUUUGGGGAUUUAACAAAAGAAUCCUUUGUGCCGAGGGUCUUAUCUCUAAGGACGCGACAGAUCUGAGCCCGAUGAACCAGAAGCUGCUAGUCCAGCGCGGUGCCGUCGACAGUUCUUUGGUCCAUGAGGGAGAAGGAUCAGGCGCGUAG